UCCCUCAUCGCCUUGCGCCUGGGGACCCAAGUCCACCGGCUCGCCCACACCUGCCUAGACUCGACACAUCUGGACAAACCUCCAUACUCUUUUGGCCCCCUGUCUAGGCCGGGUUGGCGCCACCAGGUAAGUCUCGGGUCAUUCACUCCUCCCGUCUGCCCCUAA